CAAAGUAUACGCAACGAACUCACUAACCAAAGCUACCACCAAUUACCAGUAAGGCAUAAAUAAAUAACUAAUCUAAGAAGAGUGACUGCGACGCACGAACACGAAGAAGAAGAAGAAAAUGGAUAAAAGACAAGACUUGAAGUCAAUUCUACCCUACUUACCAUUGUUGGUUCGGGAAUCAACUCUAUUUUGGCCUUCUAAAGUAGUGGAAGCUCUUAAAUCAAUGGCGAAAGGACCCGAACACAGCCGGGUCAACUCUGGAGAAAUGCUUUCUGUGGCCAUUUGUGAUAUCAGAAGCUCGGUAUCUCUCUUGGAACCUCUCGCUCCUUUUGCCCUCAACGGUUACGCGCUUUUCUUUGAUGAUCUUGUAUCAAGGGCAGAAUCAACAAAAUGGUUUGAAGAGGUUCUUCCAGCCCUAGCAAAUUUUCUCUUGCAGUUGCCAUCUCUGUUAGAAAGUCACUAUCAAAAUGCAGAUGAUUUUCUUAAAAGAUGUGGCAACAAAACGGGUCUUCGUAUAUUGGGUCGACAAGAAGCUGGCAUAGUGUUCCUCAGCCAGGAAUUGAUUGGUGCUCUUCUUGCUUGCUCGUUCUUUUGUUUGUUCCCAGUCACUAAUAGAGGUUCAAACCAUCUUCCAACCAUCAACUUUGAUGAAUUGUUUGCGAGUCUAUAUGAAAGUUACAGUGAAAAUCAGGAAAAUAAAAUAAAGUGCAUUGUACAUUAUUUUGAAAGGAUAUCUUCAUCUAUGCCUGUUGGAUCUGUCUCAUUUGAGCGAAAGGUUCUUCCUUUAGACCAUCAUCCUUUAUUCAUCUCUUAUCCCGAUGCUGAUGCUUGGAGCAAAUCUGUCAUACCCCUCUGCCCUUUUGAGGCUCACAGUUUAGGCUUAAUGGAAGAUCACUCCACUGAUUCUCUUCAAGUGGAUUUUGCAAACAAGUAUAUUGGAGGUGGUGCACUUCGUAGGGGCUGUGUGCAGGAAGAGAUCCAUUUCAUGAUCAAUCCUGAAUUAAUUGCUGGAAUGCUUUUCUUGCCUUCCAUGGCUGACAAUGAGGCUAUAGAUAUUGUUGGUGCAGAAAGGUUCUCAGAUUAUAAUGGGUAUGCCUCGUCAUUUCGUUUUUCUGGUGAUCAUGUGGAUAAACGGAAUGUUGAUGUUUUUGGGAGACGGAAAAUUAGGAUAAUUGCUAUAGAUGCAUUAUGCUGGCCUGGAAUGAAACAAUAUGAACUAAAAUACCUCCUUCGGGAGACAAAUAAGGCACUUUGUGGGUUUAUUGAUCAGUCUAAUUUUGGCCAAUAUGAGAAACUUUUUCCAGACGGGGGACUUUACGAAGCCAAUGAUGAAGACAACAUGCCAAGGAAUAAGUUUUUGUUACAGGAAGGUUCCUCAACUGCCAUUGAAACAAAUGAAGAUAAAUCUGUCAAUCCAAUGCUCAGAAAUUCUGACCCGAAGAGUAGUCAGUUUCGGAACCAUAAGGGUUUUCCGGGUAUUGUGACUGGGAAUUGGGGAUGUGGUGCUUUUGGGGGAGAUCCUGAACUGAAGGCUAUAAUUCAGUGGCUUGCAGCUUCGCAGGCUUUAAGACCUUUAAUGUCAUACUAUACAUUUGGUGUGGAGGCAUUGGAGAACGUGGGUCAGGUGACACAGUGGAUUCUUUCUCAUGAAUGGACAGUUGGGGACCUCUGGAAUAUGAUGGUAGAAUACUCAUCACAACGAUUGAAGGGAGAAACCAGUGUUGGGUUCUUUACUUGGCUCCUUCCAUAAUUAACUUCUCAUUAAUCAGAGAUAUUUGACUCACCAUAUAUCUAGUAGCUUCAUUUUUAGGAAGAUUAAUUGAGUUAGCUUGCACCAUUAUCUUUUCUGUAAAUCAUGUUCUUUGAGUUGUACAUUCCUGUGAAAAAUAAAAUCUGUAGUUGUCGAUUAGUCAAA